CCAUAUUUGCACUCUUUUCCCUUACUGGUGGUUGCUGGCUCUCCUCCUGCCCCUCUUAGCAGUCGGCGUUACCCUCUGUCGGCGUGCAGAGCUCUGCUUUGCCAUUUAUUUCCACUAACACCAUUUCCCCAUUCGUCAUUCUUGGGAUUUAGGCUGCGUCCCUGUCUGCUCUCUGUCUCAUUACAGUUCUCAUUACAAACAGCAACUCUCAUUACAGACUGUCCGAAGAUGCUUUUUUGCACGCUUUUUCUAUAGAAUUCCAUACCACGUUCCUUAAUGUGUAGCCUUAAUGAAGUCAACCAUUAACCUGCUUACACUGGUUGCUAAACCAGUGUGUGAGUAUUAAACUGUCAGUGAGAUUUCCAUUGCUUCCUGAGCAGAGCCUUUCUGUGAGCUGUGUUUUUUUGGCUGCUAUCAGUACGGUACACAAAAUUUGCUUUCUAAUGGAAAUUUACAGCAGCUGCUUCUGGUGAGCAGAUCCUAUACAAAUGAUUCAUUUGCCUUUUGCUCUCCACUCCCAGGCUGUCAUAAUGAAGGAGCAUUAACCAGAACGGCUUUAUAUCAUGGGUGGAUGGUUGGGCUAGGUGAUCUUAUUGCUCUUCCCAACCUUAAUGAUUCUAUGAUAUAUAAUUUAUAAUAUACAAUAUAUACAUUUAGUUUUAAGGACUUUGAAGUUAUAUGCUAUUCCAUGUUAUCCUGCUGUUACGCCGCAGUCUAUGUGAUCCAGCCUGUAAGUCAUGCUGUAAGUCAUCACUUUGGCUUCUAAAAGUUGGAAGGUUUUAGAGAUGCCCAAGCCAGAACUCUUGCAUAUGAAAACAUGCUCUUCCCGUCGCACAGAUCGUUGGCAGACAGGGCUGUGUUCUGCACUUUGGCAGCAAAAUGGCUGUUUUCAGGUAGAAGUUGGGUUUGCUUUUUAUUUUACAGCUGGUUGGAUGAGUAAAAGUUUGUAGAUAAACUUUCCUUUUUGUUUUUUAGCCCCUCUGCCUUUACUCUGUGUUCUGCCUUUGACAAAAGUUACUUACAGGAACUUGGGCUUGUGAAAUGCAGUAUGCAUUUGAGCAUUCGGAUUGACUAUAACGGCAACCAGAUCCUUUCCCUUCUCUGCCUUUGUUUUAUGGGUGGAGCUGAGCUGUUUGCUGGUUUUGUAGCUCUUGAGGUUGUUGAAGUGUUUAAUUACACUUCAAAAAGCGUUUCAAGAGGUGGAAAAACACACUUUGUGCAAGUAUGUAGGGUUUGGCUCUGUUGAGUCCUAGUGCUCUCACACUUCUGUUAAUAAUCCGCUUCUGGAAUGACCCCGUUACCACAGUGAUAUGAGGAAAUAAUCUCCUUUUCAGCAAUAAUGCUCUCGUGGUCACUCAGCAUCAUACAGCACCUUUGGUCCGUGCUCUUCAUUUGGCCAUUUCCAUGGCAAUGUUCUGUGCUUCCUCCUUCCUAGGAAGAUGUCUGUUCCUUUAUCAGGAAAGAUAUUUAUGGAAUGGAGUAGGUCUGAGAACAAGCAGAGGUUGCUGUGAGCCUGCUGGGCUCAGGGUUAUUGUGCUUACAGUGAUGGAAGGAUACCAGGGGAUGCGUUCAUUCUCUUCUCCUGUCCUCGAUAAGCCUGCCUUGCUGUUAAUCUUCCCCUCACUGAAGAGUCAUAGAAUUGUUUGAGUUGGAAGGGACCCUUAACGAUCAUCUAUCCAGCUCCCAGAGAAGACUGAUGGCGUUUCCCUUGAGGCUGAAGGACAGAAGGAGGGCAGGAGAAUCAGCCAUCGGUGAAAGCAUUGUGCUCUGGGGGAUUCCUCGGUCCCAAGGCAGAGAUGUUGGUGGGCUGAGCAGUUUCACCCCCCGGCGUCACCGUGUGGUUCCUAAAAGAGGAACUGAAGAACCACCUUUUUAUUUGUCCUUCCAUUGUCAUCAGUAUGGAAAAUGGCGGUGGGUGGCGGCUGGACUUGAUGAUCUUAGUGGUGUUUUCCAACCUCAAUGGUUCUAUGAAAAGUAAGUCUUCCUAUGACAUAAGUGGGAAAGCUCUCUUUUUUUCUCCCAGCUGCCUGCGUUCUGCCAAAGGAUGGAAAUAUUUGAUUUUAAAAAAGAAAAUAUUUAUCUCACGACUUCCAGUGUUUUAGGUGCUGGACAUUCCGUGUUGUUUGAAGAGAGGGAAGCCAAAUUAAACCGAAGAUAAUUUUGGUGCCGGCUGCUGUUGGCUCUUCUGAAACAGGAGGCGCCUUGGUUUGGGAUCAGCACCACGUCUUUGUUUGUGUGUCACUCAUGGGUGGCUUGUGAGGGAGAUUGCAGCUCAGCUGGUUUGUGCUGGAGGGUUUUUCUGGCCCAGAACAUCACUUUCUAUCCAAGGGGUUAACCCAUCUCCAGCCCCCGGAGCAGUACUGGUAGGGGCAAGACUUGGAGAGCAUAACUGAUCAUCAACAUGGACUGCAGAGUGAGGGUGAUGUGCUUUGAAGUGCAGAGAGAUGGGCAGGCUGAGAACGUGGAGAAGGGGAAAUAUCUGGAAGGAAAUGAGUUGAUUCAAAGCUGUCUGUACAAAAGAUGUUAGGCAACAUCGUGGCAAGAGACGUGAAGAAGUUACCUCAUGUGUUUACUUUCGUCAUUUUGAAAUUCCUCUCUUGUUUUUUCCUUUUGGCUGUGGCUGUUUUAGUCCCAGUACCUGCAUUAGAACAAUGUGUGGUUGUGUUGUUGUUAUGGGUUUGGCUCCUUUGAUAUGAAGCCCCAACAAGUGAAUUUUUACCCUUCUGCUGCGAUUCGCUUCAUCGACUUUUUGGUCGACUGCAGGAUUUUCCUUAUUUGUAAUUUACUCUCAAAAAACUCGUGGAUCUGUUUCAGACCUUACCUUUUCUUCAUUCCUUUUUACCUACAAGUCAGGAACGAUUUAUUACGUUGCUUUCCUGAGGUUGCUGUGUUAACCCUUGAGCUAUCCUGGUGGAAAAGUGCCCUAAAUUGCAGAGCCGGGGGGAGAGCGGCAGGCAGCAGCGCUUCGGGCCUCUCUCUCAAUUACUAAUUUAUUUAGCUAAAAGUGAAAUCCGAUCUUGUUUCCCUGACCUGCCAGGAGGUAAUAGCAUUCCGUUUCUUUUCUUAACUGUGUGAAAGAGAAAUGGAAGUUGCAGUGGCAUCCUUCAGGUUAUUCAUUUACGCAGGGGAAGCUGUGGGCUCCGAGGAGAGGCGCAGCCGCGCCGUGUUCCUAACAGGGCUCAGCUGAAGGGGAGAGCAUCAGUGUAUGGACCAUUAACUGAACCCAGAGAUGCUGUGGGAAUGCACGUCUUGGUCUCUGUGCACGGACCUCUCGCACAAAUUUGUUGGUGAACAAUCAGAAUAAUGUUCAACAUAAACCUGUUGGAGAACCUGAAGGUUUACAUCAGCAGCCGACCUCCGCUCGUGGUCUUUAUGAUCAGCGUAAGCGCUAUGGCAAUAGCUUUUCUGACACUGGGUUAUUUCUUUAAAAUCAAGGAGAUCAAGUCACCAGAAAUGACAGAGGACUGGAAUACCUUCCUCCUGAGGUUUAAUGAUUUGGACUUCUGUAUAUCUGAGAACGAAACCCUGAAGCAUCUCAUCAAUGACACCACAACUCCAGAAAGUACCGUGACCAGCGGGCAGGCGAGAUCUUCCACGCAGUCUCCACAGACUCUUGAGGACUCCGGUCCCAUCAACAUCUCCGUUACAAUCACUUUGACACUGGACCCACUCAGACCAUUUGGCGGAUAUUCCCGCAACAUCACACAUCUAAGUUCCACCAUUUUUGGGCACCAAAUUGGACUCUCAGGAAGAGAAUCCCACGAGGAGAUAAACAUUACGUUCACGCUGCCGGCUGCCUGGAAUUCAGACGACUGCGUUCUUCAUGGUCACUGCGAGCAGGUUGUGUUCACAACCUGCAUGACUGUGACAGCAGCCAGCAACGUAUUCCCUGUCACAGUUCAGCCACCACAUUGUGUUCCUGAAACAUACAGCAAUGCUACACUUUGGUACAAGAUCUUUACCACAGCAAGGGACUCUAAUACCAAGUAUGCACAAGAUUAUAACCCCUUCUGGUGUUACAAAGGAGCAAUUGGAAAAGUGUAUCACGCUUUAAAUCCCAAACUAACCGUUAUAGUUCCAGAUGAUGAUCGCUCUCUAAUAAACCUACAUCUCAUGCAUACCAGUUACUUUCUUUUUGUGAUGGUGAUUACAAUGUUCUGCUAUGCAGUUAUUAAAGGCAGACCAAGCAAACUGAGGCAAAGCAAUACAGAAUUCUGCUCUGAAAAGGUUGCUUUGUCAGAAGCGUAAUCCAUCCUCUCAUCUUCCUGAGAACGACUGAGAACCGUAAUCAUUGCCUGCUGAACCCAGAAUGGGUCUUAACACUCUGUGAAUACAUUAUCUUGCAAUGUUGGUUUAUUCCAACCAAAGACAUUUCAAGUGCCUGUAAUUGAUUUGUACAUAUUUAUAAGAGUAUAUUCCGAAUAGGUCAGAUGAUGCACUUGUUCCGCAUUGUAGUGCGGCCAGAAACGUUCAGUCUUUACCUGUGGACAUAGCCGAAUGUUUGUGUAGAUAUGUUUAGUGAUAUGGCUACAUAUAGUCAGAGCAAGAUAUUUUUGUCUAGCUGCAUCCGGGCAGGUUAAGAUGCCUUUGCAAAUGUCUCAAACAAACCAACAAAUCUUUGUUAUUUGCCCAAUGAUAUGUACAGUGUGUUUGAAACGGUAUGCACCUUUGAUAUAAUACUGCAUUUCCAGAGCCACCAAUCUACUACAUGAGUUAAAUGUGUGUUUGUGUGGCCUGAUACCUUCUUCCAUUUGCUCCUUGCUUGCGAGAAAAGAUAUCAACGUUUUUAGGUUUAUUUUUUUGAAGAAAGAGAUACAUAUACACAUUUUAAUAGUGCUGUAUUUAGGACAAACUUGUGCUUUUAUUCAUAGUAAAAACUUAAGAAGUGAAGUCCCAUUUUAAAAUCUUUCUUAAUGAAAACUAAGUUUGAUUAUUAUUAUUAUUAUUAUUAUUUUUUCCCUUUGGCCCGCUGAAUGCCAGAGAGCUAGUCAGCACUGAGACUGCCUGGGCAGCUUUCUGCUUGGCCUCCCAUCCGCAGCCCUCGAACCCAGGACGUGCAUCUCUGCUGCAGAGCAGCUCUCUGUCAACCUUCCUUCUAGAAGGUGGAGCUUGGUAAAAAGAUGCAUUGUGUUGUCUGCUGGGGCUCUGCACAGCCUCGGGCAAGCGCAAAUAAUGAAAGGAAGAGAAAUCCUGUCCUGUGUUACAAAGCCUCACUUCGGGGCUCUCCAUCCAUCUCUGGAGGGCAGCUGAAAAUGACACUUUUAUUAGCUUAGGCCAAUUUCCAUGUAAUGCUGUCCACUAAGGGGGAGAUGACAAGGAGGGAACUAGGGCUGUCGUGAUCAAGGUCAAAGAAACCACACAGUAAAACUCACACUGUUCUCUGUGUCCAUUCUUCAAUCAGAGGAGUUUUUAUUAUGCGCAUUUUUCCCUUUUCCAUUCUGGCUUUUGCUGUUUCUUUCCCCCUCGUUAUUCAGUAACCUCAUUAAUUUUCAGGAGUUGUGGUUUCCCUGCAGACAUUUCCACCAUUGCUUUUAAAAUCUCACUGGUUGCCUUAAUUGACCUUUCAUCCUCUCUUUGUAGUGUAGGUCUGCAAAGAUACACUUAUGGUUGUUUUUUUUUUCCUCUUUCCCUUUGGUAAAUUUCACUCUAAACUACACAAAACGAGAAGACUCAAGUCAAAAUCUUACAGUCUCCAUUGUGCUGGCCUAAGAUUCUUAGUUUAUUACCAAUAGAUGUUAUUGUGAAUGGUACCCUGCUGGUCUGUGGGCCUGUAUACAUAGGACUUCAGUAUUCAGUAAGCUUGCUUUGAACGCUCUGAAGAGCAGUGAAGAGUCACACUUCAUAAUGAGAACGUUUCCAUUCCAGAAUGGCAGUUACUUAAGCGGUGGUAACUAAUACAUUUUUUUCUCCAGUGAUGUUAAGGCAAAGCUCAAGAAGUGGCCUAGUUUGAAGUCUAGGGAUAAAACGAAGCUUCCAGUUUUCUCCCAGUGUUGCUGUGGGCUUAUAACAUUGCUUCACUGUUGUGGGUCAGCAAGGUGAAACAGCUUCUCAUGGAAACUGUGCGAGCUGUUCCUGAUCCAUGCGUGCCACCUUCUGCAAUAGUGCUGCCUGCAAGAGUUGCCUGCGAGGGUGGCUUGAUCUGGGGACCAAAGGCAGGAAGAGGAAACUGACUGGGGUGGUGCUGCAAGUUCUGGAAAUACCGACAGAGCCCUGAUGGUGACUCCUUUAAAAAAGCAAACCCCACCUCCUUUCUGCUUCAGCAAACUGAAAAUCCACCUCCAGGUGUCCUAUUUACAAAUUGGUCUGUUGGGGAAAAACGUACGUAUAUACAUACAUAUUUUAAAUCUGGCUUUGCUAUUUGGUCAUGAGAGGAGCCUGCUUUGUGAUUCGUCACCCACUGUAUGGAAAUACGGAGAAAUACUGAGAUUGCGACCCGCGAAAGCAAAAGGGAGAACGUUAGAGAGUUGUGUUUUUGGCCUUAGUUUUCCCUUUGCACCCAUUAUUGCAGCGGGGAGGUAGGAGUCCAUCAGGUUGGGUUGCUGCAGCACUGAGGAAUAUGGGAUUGUUCCUAGGCGCGACGUAAAACAAGUUCAAUGCAGCCAAACAGAAAAGUAAAAACUUAAUGUUAGAGUUCAGAUCAUAUUGAUCUUUCCUUUUUUUUUUUUUUUUUUUUUUUUUUGGGUUUCUUUUUCUUUUUAACUAUGACUUGAAUCAGUUUUGAUUCUAUUUGUACGUGUUUUCUUGUUCUUAGAAAGCUGCCGUUUUCUUUUGCGUUUUUUCUUUGGCAUUACAUAGAAAAUCUGAGCCUUGGAUUUCAACCCCCCGCAGGUGAUUGUAGGCUUAAGAUGGCUUUUUUGUUUUGUUCUUACAUUUCACUUGUCUUGUUGCAUGACGGCUAAUAGCUGAUUUGGAAAUGACAUUUCUCUCCUAGAUUAAUUUUGUGUUUGUAUGAUGUGCAUCUUGCUUUGCAGAAUAAAAACGAUGACGUUUA